AUGUCGAGCCAGCCGCUCCUUUCCACCGCUCCAGGCAAGCGCAUCGCCCUCCCCACCCGUGUCGAGCCCAAGGUCUUCUUCGCCAAUGAGCGUACCUUCCUCAGCUGGUUGAACUUCACAGUCAUUCUCGGCGGUCUGGCCAUGGGCCUGCUGAACUUCGGUGACCGCGUCGGCGUGAUCUGCGCUGGCAUCUUCACCGUCAUUGCUGUCCUCAGCAUGAUCUACGCCCUCACCACUUUCCACUGGCGUGCGAAGAGCAUUCGCCAGCGUGGCCAAGGUGGCUUCGACGAUCGCUUUGGUCCCACCGUUUUGUCCGUGGCUCUGCUCGGUGCUGUCGUGGUCAACUUUGUCCUCAGAUUUACUUUCGGCGAGAACAAAUAA